UAAUAUAUAUAUAUAUAUAUUACUAAUUUUGUCCUACAUAUAACACGUUGUGUCCAUUUGAAGAGUUGUGGGAUCAAGAACACGGAGUCAAAGCAAGCAAACAAAUAUUCUUGAAACGCUGCAAGAAAAAUUUGAUCCGAGAUAUUUAUCGGUUUUAUUAAUGGAGAUCGGAAGAACCAGCUCGGAAACUGCAGGAAAAGUUAUAAGAUGCAAAGCUGCAAUUUGCAGAAAUCCUGGAGACCCACUAGUUAUAGAGGAAAUACAAGUAGACCCACCUAAAGCUUGGGAGGUCCGGAUCAAAAUCAUCUGCACAUCUCUCUGUCACACAGAUGUUACCUUCUGGAAAUUGAAUACGGGACCCAUUGCAGUUUUUCCAAGGAUUUUCGGUCAUGAAGCUGUUGGUGUGGUUGAAAGUGUUGGAAAGCAUGUGGAAGAAGUAGAAGAAGGAGACAAAGUGGUGCCGGUGUUUUUACCCAAUUGUAAAGAAUGCAGAGAUUGCCAAUCCACGAAGAGCAAUGCUUGCUCUGUAUUUAACAAGAAGUUAGCCAUCGAUAUGCCUAGAGACGGAACCAGCAGAUUCAGGGACAUGAAUGGGGAAGUUCUGCACCAUUUUCUCUACGUCUCGAGCUUCUCGGAGUUUACUGUGGUGGAUGUUGCCCAUGUGGUGAGGAUUAGCCCACAAGUCCCUGUUGAUAAGGCCUGCUUGCUCAGUUGUGGCAUAUCCACAGGGAUUGGAGCAGCUUGGAAGGUAGCAGAGGUGGAAGAAGGAUCCACCGUCGCUAUCUUUGGACUCGGCUCUGUUGGACUCGCGGUUGCAGAGGGAGCGAAGUUACGUGGAGCUUCAAAGAUCAUUGGGAUCGAUUUAAAUCCUGAAAAGUUUGAGAUUGCAAAAGAAUUUGGAGUGACUGAUUUUGUUAACCCUGCCACCAUCGGUGAAAAGCCAGUUAGCGAGACGAUAAGGGAUUUAACUGAUGGAGGGGCUGACUAUUGCUUUGAGUGCAUUGGCUUGGCAUCCUUAAUGCAAGAGGCUUUUAAUUCUUGCCGAGAGGGGUGGGGCAAGACGGUGAUACUAGGAGUGGAGAUGCUUGGAACGCCGCUAACUUUGAAGUCAUUCGACAUUCUAAGAGGCAGAACUGUGACUGGCUCGUUGUUUGGAGGUCUCAAACCAAAAACUGAUAUUCCUCUCCUCGUCACCAAAUACCUAAACAAGGAACUUAAUUUGGAUAGCUUCAUAUCACAUAAGGUGAGCUUCAAAGAAAUCAACAAAGCUUUCGAUUUACUCCUUCAAGGAAAGAGCCUCCGUUGUAUCAUAUGGAUGGAUGAGUAGCUUGCUUGAUUAAUCGUUAACCUUUUUCAUUUUUAUUGUAUGGUUAAUGCAAAUUCAUCAUAAUUCAAUGAAUUUGUUUACGUUGCAAGUGGACAUCCCAUAGAUGUUUGUUACAUUGCUUUUCGAAGCAGACAUUAAAUGUUUCAUAAGGAAAAAAAAAAGAAAAAAAAGAAAGAAGGUUCUAUUUGCACCAUCCAUCAAGAAAUAGAAUAACAAAAUCCAUUAAAAGUUUUUUCUCCAAAAGAGGCUAUUGGAUUCAUUUGCUAUUUCUAAAUUCUGAUUAUGAAUUAUUGUUGAUGCAAUUUGUAUAAGGUAAUUAACAAGUUUUUGCUAAAUGAAGGUUGAAUGUGAUUUAAAUUUCAAAAAAAGAAAAUCAUCUUUCAAAUUUUUGAUACACAUAUUUAGUUUAUAUAGACUCAAGAAAAUAAAGAAAAAUCGAAAAAAAUCGAAAAAAAUUUGUCUUUUAUAGACUCAAGAAAAUAAAAAAAGAGAAAAAAAAAUUGUCUUUUAAUUUUAUUAUUAAAAAGUCUUUAUGGGGCAAGCCCAAUGGUUAAAAUUAAUCGGGCAAUGACCAAAUCCCCGCCCCCCGACAUGAAAAAUAGUUAUGAAUGUAAAUAAAAAAAGGAUAUUAAGAAAAUUUGUUCAAAAAAUAAAAAUAAAAUUUUGUUUUUUAUUACGAAAGAAAAAUCAAAUUUACACUAGUGUAAUUAGCCAAAGGCCCAAUCAAAUUGUCAGGCCCAAAUAAGGUAUUGAUGGGCUGUCCUGCACUGAUUCCACGCUCGCUCGACCGUUGGAUAACUUCAUAUCAAUGUGUGGAAGCACCCAGUGGCUUCCUCUAAAGUCAACAUUCCCAGCUCUCCGAAUUAACUUGAAACUAGAAAAGGACACGUGGCUCAUCAUGGAUGGGUGGACUUGGGUCCUCCGUAUCAAUCUCAUAUAUAUAUAUAUAUAUAAUAUAUUUUUUUUACCAUACUUGACCACCACAGUAACUAAGUAAAAGAAUCCUCCUUUAACCAUGACCUAACACAAACCAUUGCCUCUCUCUCUCUCUUCCUGCCCUGUUUCUGCUUUGGCCGCCUAACCCAAAAAAAGAAAAAGAAAAAAAAAGAAGAAGAUAAAAGACAAAACGAAAAAAAGCUGACCAGAUCGCGGUGCUCAUCAAAUGGCGGAAGCCCAAGGCGACAAAACCCUAACCC